AUGAUAAGCCUUUGGUACUCGAUCAAAUUUCUCAAGAGGCGGAUAGUAAUGAGAAUGAGAAUAUACCAAUUGAAAAGUGGUGUGCUCCUGCAGGUUUUAGCCUAGAUUUUGAUGAUCCGUCAUUAAAAAAAACACGUGAUUAA